AUGUGUGGUGUCCCUCGUCUACUCCACAGCUCAGUAGAAGGCAAAGUAAACCAUUGGAGGAAUGCUUCAACUCCAGGUGCUGCGCCAAAUUCAGUUAGAAUUCUGUUGCUGAUCCUUAUUCUUUGGGAGCUCUGGUGCUCGAGAAAUGGUGCAGUGUAUGACAACUCUCCUCUGAUCAUCAGGAGGUCUGUGGCCCGUGUCAGAUGGUGGGCUAACCUGGUUAUUGGAACUGAUAUAAUGGACACUAUUGGCUCGACUCGUGGGUUUAGUCCCUUCAACUCGGUUGUUAAUCAGUAUCAUUCUGCCUCAAUCCAGGUUAAAUGGAGACAGCCAACCCCAGGAUGGGUCAAAUUAAAUGUUGAUGGCUCAUCACUAGGUAAUCCUGGUCCCUCAGGUGGGGGUGGCAUCUGCAGGAAUGACAGCAGUGCCUUUAUAUUAGGUUUCACCGUGGCCUACGGGGUUGGUUCUAACAAUAUGGCAGAACUUUUUGCCAUUUACGACGGGAUGAUGCUCUGUUUGGAGAAAGGUUUGGACACGAUAAUUUUAGAGUCUGAUUCAAAAUUGUUGAUUGAUUCCCUCAUUAAGCAAUCCAAGACUCCUUGGAAGUAG